AUGAAAAAUCAAUACGAUGCAGCUUUACCUGAACAAGAUUCGGAAAUUGCCGAAUUCGAAGCAAAAUAUUUGGAAACGAAAGUGAUAUAUCAAUCUGCGAUUGAGGCAUUGAACGGAGUUGCUCCGACUGUUAAUCCCACGCCAGUUGGGACGAACUUUAAACUGCCACGUUUAAACAUCCCUAGUUUCAACGGUAAAUAUACCGAUUGGCUCAAUUUUAAAGAUUUGUAUCUUGCAACGGUGCAUAAUAAUCAUUCGUUGGCCAAUAUUCAGAAAUUUCAAUAUUUGAUAGGACUUUUAAAUGACGAGCCAGCUAAUAUCAUUAAGCAUAUUCCGAUUUCAGAAACAACAUAUGUCGAGGCGUGGAGUAAAUUAUUGUCCCGGUACGAUCGCAAAAAUCAAAUAGUUACAUCAGUAAGAAAAUUCCUAGAACAACCCAGUGUAACAAAUCCUAAUUCUGUUAAUUUAGGUAAACUAGCUGAUACUUCUGAUGAAGUUAUUCGCGGAUUAAAAUCGCUUGGCGAAAAAGCGUCGUCUAAAGAUGUUUGGUUAAUUCAUUUAUUGUUAGAAAAGGUAGAUUCUGAAACGCACAUUUAUGGUCACAAAAGAUUGGCGAAGAGGAAUUUCCUACAUUUGAAUCCUUUUGGGAGUUCUUAA